AUGAACACCACUUUGACUGCUGUGUCUGGCCUUGAAGUCGGGCAUUACACCGAUCUUGCCAACGCCACGGGCUGCACCGCCAUUAUCUGCCGCGCCGGCGCCUCGCCGGGCGUGGACGUGCGCGGCGGUUCUCCAGGAACCAGGGAAACCGACCUGUUGCAGCCCAUGCGCCGGGUUGACCGCGUCCACGCCAUUGUCCUGAGCGGGGGUAGCGCCUAUGGACUGGAUGCGGCGUCCGGCGUGAUGCGUUACCUGGAGGAGCAGGACAUUGGCGUACGGGUUGGUUCCGCGCUUGUGCCCAUCGUCUCUUCCGCCAUUCUAUUCGAUCUGAAUCUGAUUACCCAUAAAGUCAGGCCCGGGCCAGCCGAAGGGUAUGCCGCCGCCCAGGCUGCUAACACAGAACCGGUUCCCGAAGGCACUACGGGCGCAGGCACCGGGGCCACUGUGGGGAAAAUCCUGGGACCGGACCGGGCGGUUAAAGGGGGCAUCGGAAGUGCCGCCAUGACCCUGCCCGACGGGAAUACUGUGGCUGCCCUUAUCGCCGUAAAUGCCGUUGGCGAUGCGGUGGACCACCGCACCGGCCAGGUAGUUGCCGGCCCCCGGCGCGAGUCGGGCCCUGGAUUUCUCCCUGCUGUCGAAGUGCUGACUCGCGGGGAGGCCCAAGUGGAAGCCAGCGUGGCGCCGCCGAUGAGCAAUACAACGAUUGGAGUAGUUGCCACCGAUGCCACCCUGACCAAGGAGGAAGCCAACUGGCUGGCCCGAAUCAGUCAUGAUGGCCUGGCCCUGGCCAUCCGCCCGUGCCACACCAGCCGGGAUGGGGAUACUUUGUUUACGAUGGCCACCAACCAGCGCCACCCGCCCGGUGACCUGACUACCCUGGGUACGGCAGCGGUCGAGGUAACUGCCCAGGCGGUGCUGCGUGCCGUCCUGACCGCCACUGGACUGGGGGGAAUACCAGCAGUGAGUGAACUGAAUGGCGAAGGCUGA